AUGUCGGACAGAACCACCAACAACAACCAGAGGUCGGCCUACAACUCCGCCCACAACCCCGCCCGCAACUCCGCCUACAACCCCGCCCGCAACUCCGCCUACAACCCCUCCCGCAACUCCGCCUACAACCCUGCCCGCAACUCCGCCUGCAACCCCGUCCGCAACUCCGCCUACAACCCCGCCUACAACCCUGCCCGCAACUCCGCCUACAACCCCGCCCGCAACUCCGCCUACAACCCCUCCCGCAACUCCGCCUACAACCCUGCCCGCAACUCCGCCUACAACCCCGUCCGCAACUCCGCCUACAACCCCGUCGGCAACUCCGCCUACAACCCCGCCCUCAACUCCGCCUACAACCCUGCCCACAACUCCGCCUACAACUCCGCCUACAACUCCGCCUACAUCAGCUGCCUUUUCAUUUUAGAGACGUCACUUACAUUGGAUAUUGAUUUUGAUGACUCAUUCAACAAUGAAGAAAGUGAACUUAACAGGGACUUUUCAAAUUCCAUGGAAACACAAGCUGAGAUCCACAUUCCAAGUCUAGUCUCAGUAUCGCUUUUAGGCUUCAGGGCUGGUAGCAUAAUUGGUGAUAUCCUAAUUGUUGCAAACACUCCAAUUCAAGACGCAGCCAUUGAAGCAUUCCUCGCGGGAAUGUUUAAUGACCUGAAAAACAUUUACCCUGUGGUGUUCGAGAGCCGCACAGGCUUAACGUUUGAACCAAGCCUUAUAUUUUUUGGAGAGACUUUGACUGUGACGUGUGGCCCACUACCAAAUGAGCUAGACUUUCGUAUCACUUCAUCAGAGUGGAGACUUGAUGGUGUCGUAAUAAAUGAAGAUAAUCAACACAGCUUUUCACGAGAAAAUGGAGUCGAAAGACUUACCAUCAGAAAUUACUUUUUCACUGAUGAUGGACUCUACGAAUGUAGGCUCUUUGAUGGAGAAUCCGUUUACCAGAGUAGCUCUGUUGAACGUUUCUUAAUUCAGGAAACACCCAGAAUCAAUGUAGUUCCCCUCCAGAGAAAUCUCAUGUGUGAGGUUGGGCAGCAAGUAUCGGUCCGGUGCUCUGUCCAAGCUCCCUACCAGGUGAUGUUUGGAGGACUCCCAGGAGAAGACUUGGGCACCGCUGCUCUAAAUUAGAAGACAAUAACACAGACAGACUGUGAUAACCAAGGAUUAAAUAUAACUUGUGAAGUGAAUGAUUUCCCUCAAUUCAGAAGAAAUACAACAUUUUUGUUGUUCACAGCUCCUAAUUUCACAUGCUUUGAUGAUCCUGAUUUUGGAAAUGGAUUUUUAAAUGAAGUGGGUAGAGCUUCUUGUGGACCAAAUGAGGUGGGAGAAAAAAAUGCUAUUUGCCGAGAAAGUGGAGAAUGGGAAGAUCGGGAUGACAGCUGCACUCUUCAGAUCUUUGUGGAACUACUUUUUCAAUCUCAGUUUUUGAAUGAAACCUUUUUGCCAGAGUUUCUGGAAGCACUGAGUAAUGCCACAACAACACUGAGUGAGCAAGUGACUGAAUCUCAAAACAACAUUGAAACCAUCGUUAGAAUUCUUGACAAUGUAGCAACCUUUGUAACGACAUCAGAAAUUGAGAUAACUCAGGAGUCAAUGGAGGAUGUCCUUUUAACCACAGGUGUCCUUACCCAAGAUAGUGCAAUAGAAGCAUGGGACGCUCUUAACCGUGAAGCUGUCAUCGAAAUCUUGGGAGAAAGAACCCUCUCUCCUAGAAAUGAGAGUCUUAGCUCACUAUUGCUAUUUUCUCUUGAGGGUAUAACAAGUGCACUGACCAACGCUUCUUUUACCAUCGAAACACCGUUGAUUCUCUUGAACAAAACUACAUUCAUAGACAGUUUCAAUGGGGAUUUUAAUUCUACAGUCGAGAUAGAAAUACAGGAGGCUAAUGGAGCAACAAACCUCACCGUAAUAACCUUUGAAUCCUUGGAUAAUGUACUUCCUCCAAGAGAUGAAAACAACGCUUCAGGCAGGGUCAUUAAUGGGAGAGUCGUACUUGUUCAGUCUGACUCCAACAUAGACAACAUUACAUUUAGCUUUGACGUCAUAAAUGAGAAUCUGACAAGACCUCAGUGUGUGUUUUGGAACUUUACCCUGUUCGAAGGUCUUGGAGGAUGGGACGAUGAAGGUUGUGAACUGGUUGUAAGGGAGAAUGAUACGGUUACGUGUCAGUGUGACCAUUUGACCUCAUUUUCAAUACUAAUGUCACCUAAUGCAAUACAAAGCAUUGUGUUGGAUUUCAUAACAUACAUUGGGGUCGGCAUUUCCAUUUUGUCUUUAAUUAUAUGCCUAUGCAUUGAGGCUGCUAUCUGGAGAAAAGUUAUCAAGAGCAGUACAGCACACUUACGGCAUAUUUGCAUUGUUAACAUUGCAUUGUCCCUCCUCAUUGCAAACAUUUGGUUCAUUGUCGGUGCAGGUGUCUCUGCAGGAAAUAGAAGCAAUGCAAGGACAUGCACUGCUGUUACCUUUUUUAUCCAUCUCUUUUACUUAGCCCUCUUUUUUUGGAUGUUAAAUUAUGGCUUGUUGCUGUUUUAUUACACAGUCUUUGUCUUUGGAAGCCUUUCGAAAAUAACUUUGUUGGCUGUUGGAUUCUGUGUUGGCUAUGGGGCCCCACUGAUUAUCACAACGAUUACUAUAGCCGUAACUGCACCGGUUAACGAAUAUAUUCAGGAAACUGCAGUAUGCUGGCUCAACUGGAAUAGGUCCAGAGCGCUGCUGGCAUUUGUGGUUCCGGCAUUGCUGAUUGUGUUUAUAAAUGUUAUCAUCCUAAUUGUAGUUAUAGCUAAACUACUGAGGAGUCGAGGAAGGGCAAGUACUGUGGUAGGGGAUGAGAAGAAUGUCAUUGCGGACCUUGCUCGGACAGUGGCCCUUCUAACACCAUUUUUUGGAAUAACGUGGAGUCUUGGAGUGGGAACACUACUUGACCCUGACAAUCUUGGACUACAUGCUACGUUUGCCCUCUUUAAUUCUCUACAGGGUUUCUUCAUAUUGGUUUUUGGAACGCUCUUGGACAGUAAGGUCCGGUCAGAAAUUUCUAAAGUCAUACCUCAAACCUCUGUCAGUGGGACAAGAACUACCAGUUCUGGAAACUCAAGUAGCUGGCAGUUUUGGAAGAAAAAAGGCAGUAACAACCACUCAUCUAACGUCACUGAUUCAUCUCGUGUUCCUAGCGCUUAA